CGGCGGCGGCGGCGGCGGCGGCGGCGGCGAUGGAGGAGCCCCUCUGCUGCUGCGAGUACGUGGACCGGAGGGGGGAGAGGAACCACCUGGCGGCGUGCUGCUGCGACUGCGAGGACCUGGACGAGGGCUGCGAGAGGUGGCUGACCUGCAAAUCCCUGCCUCCGGGAGCUUUGGAAAGAAUCGCCGAGACCGUGGCUGACCGUGUGCGGGUCCCCUGGUUCGCGGGGGCCGUGAAGGUCAACCUCAGCCUUGUGCCACCCCUCGUCCUGCUCCCCGUCCUCCUCCACGUUGCCGCUCUGCACUUCCUGCUGGGGCUCGUCGUCUUGACGUCUCUGCCCGUGGUGGUGCUCUGGUAUUACUACCUCACCCACAGGAGGAAGGAACGGACUCUCUUCUUCUUGAGCCUAGGGCUCUUCUCCUUGGGCUACAUGUACUAUGUGUUUCUCCAGGAGGUGGUUCCCCGCGGCCACGUGGGGUAUUCCCAAGUGGUCGCUCUCACGUGCGGGUUAAUUCUAAUGCUUGCAGCCUUGUCUCGAGCCAAGAAAGACCCUGGCUACCUUCCCAUCCCAGCAAGCGAUGUGAAGUCAUCGCACCAGGGUUUGCCCAACAAGAGCGUUAGAGGAAGCUCCAACGGGCUCCAUGGCAUCACCGCCUCAGGAGCUGCCAGUGGCCGUGCUGUGAAUGGGGAGGCCAAAGGCUAUUCCAGGAUGUCAGCUGAGGAGCCAGAAGGUGUGAAAAAGGACUGGUGCACUAAAUGCCAGCUGGUCAGACCAGCCCGAGCAGGGCACUGCCGGCUUUGUGGCAGGUGUGUAAGGAGACUGGAUCAUCACUGUGUCUGGAUUAACAGCUGUGUAGGGGAGCAGAACCACCAAGCAUUCAUCCUUGCACUCUCCUUCUUCAUGCUCACCUCUGUGUAUGGGAUUACGUUGACCCUGCACACCGUCUGUAGGGACCGAACUCCAUUUGUGGCAUUGUUCUACUGCCCGGGGGCCUAUUCUGACUACAGCUCUGCUCUGUCGUUCACCUGUGUGUGGUACUGUGCGAUUGUAACAGCUGGCAUGGGAUACAUCCUCCUUAUCCAGCUGUUGAACAUCAGCUACAACGUGACCGAGAGGGAAGCUCGGCUGGCUCUGCGGGACAACACUGGGCGCAGGCUCCUGGGUGGGUUAGUGAUAGACACUGGCCAGUAUAACAGGGGUUUCCUAUGCAACUGGGGCCAUUUCUUGAGCCUGGGGUCUUCUCCUCCACAGCACUCUGCUGAAGACAUCGUGUGACACCCCUCUUUCUGCAGAUGAUGUUGACUGACUUUCUUUAGCAGGGGAAUGGCCCCCUUCCACUAGAACUCCUUCCUCCCACACCCUUCCUUCAUGGUUGGUGUAUGGGCUGCCUAUCCCAUCACUGACGACAUCGGAGGCUUUCCCAGGCAGAAUGGUUCUUCGUGUGCUGUCAGCCAGCAAUAGGAUGCAGAAAGCAGUAAGCCAUACGCACAAACCUGGAGAGAAGGAGCCUGCUGCCUUUUUUGGGAAACUUUGUGCAGCUCAGCUCGGCAGGAAGAAGAGCACAAGGUUUUGAGAACUUGAGUUUUCGUUAGGUGUAAACCCUGGCACCAAGAGGAACCCACUGCUGGACUUCAGAGGUGCACUGGUUCCUGCAAAGGCUAAGGAAUCCCUGGCUCGUGCCUAUGUGCAACACUUCAGAGAAUUCAGGAGGGUGAACAGAUGGACCACUGCAGAAGCCAGGCUCUUAGGCUAAAAGAGACUGUGUCCAGGCAGCCACUGAGCAGUUCUCUCCUCUCUGGUGCAUAUAUUUUUUUUCUAUCUGCUGUUCCAUCCAGCUGUAUACAUGCUUGUAUUAAGUGCCUUUGUGAGCAACGUUCCUGUAGGGCUUUAAGAUCACUUCACCUCUUCACCCCUGCAGUUGUUAUUCCAUCCCCAUUUGUCUGACUGGGUGAGAAGACACUGUCGUCUUCGAUCUCGUUCUUUCUGCAAGCUGGGUCUGUGUUUGUUUGAAGGCUUGGCUCAUCUCCCUCAAAGCGUUUCUGCUCUGAUUAUGGAUUGUGACGUGAGACAGCAGGUAAAUAUACCAAGUAAGAAGGAGCUGUUUUGCAGCUACACGUAACGGUGGGCUCUGAAGGGAAAACAGAGUGCUGUCCCAAUGUUACUGUUGCUUUAUGGAAACUACCCUUCUCCCUCUGUGGGAGAAGGGAGUCUGUGGGAGAGUAGACAAUUCUGCUAACAGCAUUUUUGGUAGGUGGUAUCUUGGUUGGUUUUCUUGCUAGUAACACAGCGAUUCAGUCUCUUCUCAACCCAGUGACUGUGGAGCUGCCUGACUAGAUCUGUUUUCUGAAGCCAGGAAGCCAAGAACAGUUCUGUGCAUGUAGGGAGGUGGAGAGGGUUUGCUGGGAGCUGGCAGCUGCUGGGGUAAAUUACCUGCACUGGCAGGUGAAUCGAUGUGUUGAGUGUGUUCUGGAAGAAUGCUACCUGAUCCUCAGCAGCCCUGCGUCUCUAGUAUUGCCCAGCCUUGAGCUUCAGCUGAAAUCACAAGGUUUUGGUGGUGAUGGUUUCUGGGUUUUGUGGGUGGGUGGUGGGGUUUUUUUUGUUGCUUUUUGUUUUAAUCCCUUUGUGUAUGUUGUUGGCCCUGCACUAAUAAUAUGAAAGGUCUGGUCGGAAAAUCCUGGGACUGUGGCACAAGAGUUACAGAUCGGGCCUAAGAUGCAGAAGCAGAGGGAAGAGCCUCCUCCUAGAUACUGAUGUUUUCAGAUGUGCACAGAUCAUACUCCCUGACUCCUGGUGUGUGGCAGGCAGCUGGGGGAUGUUGGCUGAGUGAUGCAAAUUCGCUGUACAUUAUCUCUGAUGAAUAGAUGGAUGGUGGCAGGGUUGGGGUGUCCCUUGAGAUCCCUGCCGUAUUUGGUGUUGUGUGCUCCUGAUUCUAUGUCCCAGUUUAAGGUGACGACCAUGUCCCUCUUUGUGCUGUUUGGUUUCCCCAAGUGGCCCUCUAUAGCCAGCGGAUAAUAGAGGAGUAGCUGCACUUGGAACAUGGCUGUGCAGAAACUGGUGACUGACUUACUGAGUGUCCCUUAUUUCCUCUUACCCCUUUUCAUCCAGUGAGCAAUCCUUCAUAAGGAGGUGAAGGGGACACCUCUAUUGCUUCCUGACUCUAACCGAACACACUACGAGGUUUCUGACCACUUCCCUGGCCCUAUUGUGAAGGAAAAGACACUCAGUGGGACUGUGCUAACUGUUUUUUCUAGCAGUCAAGUAUGACCUUCUGACUGUUUGGAGCUGGAGCCUGACCCUAGGAGUUUAAAUUCACACAAAGGUCUCUCCUCCACAUGAGUUGUCUGUAAACGUUUUCAUGGCACAUACGCAUUUUGUGGUGCCUGCUGAGAUGAACUGGAGCUUGGCAAGCCCAGAGAGAGGGAUGCUGUGGGCUGGCAGGUUUGUGAUCUUCUCAGACCUCAUCCUGCUGGCACUUAGGAAGAUUAAGGCAGAAUGACCUCCCAGGCUUAAUGAACCCCUGCAGUGAAGGUAGCCAACCGCUCUGUCUCUGUGAGUUACACGCGCAGAAUUCAAUCAUGAGCCAAAAGAGCUCUCGGAGUGUUGACAGGUUUGAGAUAAGUGGUUUUGUGGAGUCCUGCUACUCCUGGCUGGGAGAAAGCAGAGCAGAUCGCAGAUCAUUUCCCUGUUGUGAUCACUUCCUCCCACAAGCAGAGAUUGGUUACUGCUUUGCAGCCUGUCUGUCGGUGUAGCCUUGUUCCUCCUCUCUUCAUGAGCUCUGGCAUGGGAGAUAUGCUUUGAACUGCUUACACCGAGACACUCUUAGUGGUGUUCUCCCAGGCAGCAUGGACUCUGGAGGGCAGGUAGGAACAAAGGGCCUUGGACUACUGUAACCAUUCCAUACCUUGGUCGAGCCCACGCCAAUAUAGUUGGGGUAAAGUGCUAAAGUAAGUUUCUUUUUGCACUCACUCCAGAGGGAACUGGAACCAUUCAGGACCCUAAAACGGUUGGUUGCAAGGCUGGGUUUUUUUCAGAAGGAGAAUGCAGUGAUGAUUCUCUAGUGUAUAAGAAGUUCAUGUGGUUGUACUCUGCAUAGCAAUUGUGACAUUUUCUUUAAAGACAAAUCUUUGUUUACAGUCCAGGCUUCUUCCUGAAAGGAUUUACGUUGUGAAUUCCUUGGGAGAUGGGAAGGAUAAAGUAACAGGACAUGUGAAAGGGUGGAAGAGUUGCAAGCUUCAGAUGCAUACUUGGAGCUCUCCUUUUAAUAGCCAUGAGAAUUAGCUAGAAGCCCUUGAAGGGUAAUGCUCCCUUUUGCACUUACAGCAAGGGCAGACUGUUGUGAUGUCUUGUGCACUAAAAAACAGUUUCUUUUCUGAGUAUUUUCUUGCUGAGCUUGUUAUUGGCCACACUGGUAGAAAAAUGUUAAAACCUAGACGUAAAGAGUCAGUCCUUGGACUCACCGAGUUGGUAGCUGCCUAGAUCCAUGCUGCCUGGGUGCUGGAGCAGGGGGAGCAGGCUGAAUUUGACGGGUUACUUGUGGGUUGUGUGUGUGUCUAUCCUCAAGGCCCGGACCAGUAUCUUGCAGUAAAACUGCAUGCACAUACCUGGCAGUACAGAAAACAGUAGCCUGCUGGCCCUUGAAAAGCUUUUCCUGUGUAAGAAGAGAAGACCCAGAGCUGGUGAGAAGCAGGGAAGAAUUUUGGUAAUAUCUAGCCUUGAUGUUUCUCUGCCCGGACUUGGGCAGAGUUUAUUCUGCUUUAACCAUGACCAUGGCAUUUGCUGUUUCACACACAGAUCGUGUAGACUUCUGCAGACCAGGGCAAGUCUUAAGGGACCAGAGUUCUGAUGUUGCUGCUGUUGUAGUAUUAACCCCCCUGUGUCCAAAUGUCAGCACCCCACCAUUUGGUGACUGUACUAAGAACUGCGCGCCGUUAGAUACACCCUGUAAAAGGUGGCUUGGCACUCUUUAACUGUGUCGUCUUAAAUUGUGCUCUUUUGUAGGCAAGUCACAGGUCCCUACAUUGACUGUUUCUCCGUUUAACUUGUCCUUAAAUGACAAAAGUCACUGGUGAGCCUGAGUUGGUGCUGCUUGCGACUCCUAAUCACAUUUCAGCCUUCAUGCUAUGAUGGUGCUUUUUUUCUUUUUAAGUAGUUUGCUUUCAAGUGUCUUAAUGAAACCAUUUGCUGUAAAAUUUCUUCUGAAGAUAAAAUGGAUACUGCCUCACUGCCCAAUGUCUUAAUAAUGUGCUUGGUUUUUUCCUUCUAUAUGAAUGUAUAUUGCCUCAUUAGGGCAGGAAGUGUUUGUGAUUAUGGAUGUGUUUUCCUGUAUUGUUUUCAGUGAAGAACUCUACAGUUUCCUAGAUUUUCUUCCCCUAUCAGAAUGUUUGUACAGCAAAAAUCUUUCUGCAGACAGGUGAGGCUCACUCUGAAAUGCAGUAAUUCAGCCUCCCAAGAUCUUGUCUUUAUGGAACUCUUCCGCUGAUAAUCUGAAGAAUGAUGGGCUCUGGAAGAACUGUGAGUGUGGGGUUUGGGGUUUUGGUUUUAUUUUUUUAACUUAACCUUUAGGAAGAAACUUUGUGAAACACAUUUGUGAGCUUUGUUGAAAGGAUUGGCGCGCGCGUGUGUGUGUGUGUGUGUGUCCAUUUUGCAUCAUAUGCAGUGUUUCCAAGUGGAUGCAAUUGUGAA